GAUGGAGGUAGCUCUUGCAGCUCCGGCCUCUUACAUAGUACAAGUCGUUCUUUGGCAGACGCAUUGCCAGGCCAACCUAAACGUCGCCUACUUUCAUGUUCUCAUAAUGCACAUUCUUCCACUACUGCAGACAGGGGCUUGCAGGCCAGAGUACUUAACUCUGAAGAGGGUCAGGUUCUGGAAACUAUGCCAUCUACCUCAGCGACUGUGCCAGCUAGUCUCCCUGUCUGUGGCUCUUUUGACUUAGCUCAUGAAUCUCGACAGGAUGCCUCGAAUGGGCAACACUCCUACAACGUGUAUCAUUCUCAUAACAUGCCCCAGCGUCAUUCUCAUCACCUACCUCAACCAACUGCCCAGUCUCAUCAUUCGCAGAUCGAACGCAAAACGCCUUUCCGAUCAAAGCCUCUUUUAGUAUAUCGUGGACCGGACGGCGUUAUCACCGAAGUGGCAUGGUCUAAAAAUCUUUUUCUCCUAGCUACGAGCAUGGAUCGUCAGGUUCGCCUCUGGCACAUCAGUCGGCGUGAAUGCCUUUGCGUAUUUAGUCAUCACGAUACCGUUCCUACCAUUGUUUUUCAUCCCAAGCCUAUCUACAACAUUGUGUACCUUGUUCCUUUCGACUAUUGGCCUCUGGCUCAGGAUGACCGAUACUUUCUCUCUGGCAGCUUGGACGGCAAGCUGCGACUCUGGAAUAUUCCAGACAAGAAGGUCUGUUUCUGGGUUGAGGUGCCGCUGCCAUCAGCACUAGCUCAUCCAGCACCCAGUUCGCUAAGCUCCUCUGCUUCCGCUGCAGUAUCUGGUCUCUUCUUCAAGACAUCUAGCAGCUUUCCCAGCGGUUACCUGGCUUCGGCUGUUUCUGCCAGUGGAGAGGCUUGCAAUGAGCUAAAUUUGACCGGGCCUGGAGUCGCGGUCACGAGCGGCUUGGCUCCUGAGACAGCCAAUGAGCCAAAAACUCUUAUUACUUGUGCUACUUUCGCUUGCGAAGGCACAAAAGUAGUAGUUGGAAGCUAUGAUGGAAGAGUAUUAUUCUUCAAUUCUGAGGUUAGUUACUGUGCACAGACGGCUAUAUCAACUUACUAG